AUGUAACAAGGCCAACUAAACAUCUAAAGUGUUACUGUUAUAGAUAAAUAUAACACAUAAAGUUUUGUUCAAAAUCUAGCAAUUCAUAGAAAUGUCAAUAUGACUUGUUUUCUGUAUUAUUAGUACUAUUCACCUGUCACGUGUCCCCUGAUAUUUAUUAUUAUUAUUCUGUGUAAUCCUCAUUCUCUACAUUCUUAUGCAGUGUUUAUUAGCACUUAAAAAGAAAUGAUGCAGUAUGUUGCACGUAUCAAAUAACACGGCAGCUGUUGUUACUUACUUGUUAGUAGACAUGCCUACAUAAAGUAUGACUGUUAUUAUCUACAGCAAAUAAGAGAUUGAGGGUGGCAAAGAAGUACUGGCAGUAUUCCAACAAAACAUUUUUUUUCAUUCUAACAGAUGUUUAUCUGUAAACUCUGCCAGGAGUGGACAUGCUUAAAUAUCGAUGAAACUUCCUGCUAACUCACAGCAGGUACAAGAAGCCGUAUGAGAAGAAGCACUUCUACUGUAGUUUUAUCCCUGACUUGAUCAUGACAUUGUUUCUGAUUUCACCACAUCUGCUGAUGUUCAUAUCGCUCCUGUCACUGACCAGGGCACAGACAUCUCCAUUAAGUACUUCCUCUCCAACAACAGCAAAAACAACAACUGCACCACCACCACCAACAACAACAUCAGCAGCACCACCGCCAACAACAGCAGCAGCAGCCGUUACUCCAUCACCUGCACCAACAACAACGUCAGCCACUACAACUUCAUGGACAGCACCAGCAAUAUUUUAUCCAUUCGGCGCGACGGCAGGAGACAUUCAAGUUCUUGAAUCUGGUGGUGAUACCUAUCAAAUUGUUGCCUUCUCCACUCCAUUUAAGUACUUUAACCGCUCAUACAGCUUCGUUUAUGUUAAUAAUAACCUUUUAAUUUCAGGUCACGGCUUUUCUUUCAUUCUGCUGCAUUACGGCGACUGUGCUGGGAUACCAUACCCAGUGGAGGCUGGAUACGACACAAUAGGCUCCACUGACUACUACGUAAUUCAUUACGAUCAAAAUAGUGGCUACACCCUAAACCUUAAGACCACGACUAACGUAGGCGUUCCUGGUCGUUGGGCCUUUCUUGUGAACAAUGGAACAGAAACCGUCAUAGGAGUUCAAAUGAAACUUAGGUCAUUUUUAGACCUAACGCAGAGUGAAAUCAUGGAGGUCAUUUUGUAUCAAAUAAAACAAGAGUUGGUCAAUCGUGGAGUGUCAAGUAACUUUGAGCUGAAGUUCAGAAAAAUCAAAAAGACACAGUCGUAAUACUGGAAUAUAUGGGAAUUAAAACUCUGAAUGCUGCUGCCGUAGAUAGAUUUAGAAACUGAUAAAGAGAGGAAUGUCACUCCACAAGAAGGCAACAUGUAUCUUUUCUUGCCUUUCUACAUUGUUUUUUAAAAAACUAACGAAAAACAUGACAAAUGUAUUAAAAUGAAUUAUAUACUAUGUUAAUUUAGCUUCAAUAAUGAUCAUUGAUUUAGAUUUUUAGUCCUGCCUCCUGGGGAGUUUCAGGCUUUUAACUAAUCAGACUCAUCUGUAGUAUGCAAACAAUGAAAUUAAACCUGUUCUUUGUCAUUUACUAGAAGCAUCACUCAUCCAUGUCAAAAAUUCCUUCACGUAAUCUACUUCUUUACUGUCUGUUACCAUAUUUUUUUAGAACAUCUGGCAAUUUAACAUUCAAACUCUGUAGUUAGGGUUUUUUUUGACGAUUAUUGCAUGUCAACCUGUUUAUAUUGACACUUGACUGAUUUGUCUUUCUUCUGCUAAAUUAAACUUGGCACAAACAA